AUGAUUAUUCCCGUCCGACUUCCCUCCCAAGUCCCUUCUCCAGAUCAUGCGCUCCCACCAGCCGUCGCGUCCAUCGGGUUCAACGAACUCGUCUUGCUCGAACUUCAAGGUUCAAUCGAGAUAGAAGGUGAUUACGCUGGAGAAACAAUCGGAAUGCUCGACAUGAGCAUCGAGGCAUGUCUCACCUCCUCUAAACCAACACUUCGUAUAGGCCACCAUCUCCUGGAAGGAAAGCUCACAGGCCUUCCGAAACCUCUCGCGGUCCUCAAAUCCAACAAGACAGCUGAACCUGAUAACGAAGUCUCCUUUGACAUCGUCUCUAUAAUUCGAAAGAAAAUCGUCUUUUCAAAGCGUCCGUCCCCUGUCAUGGACAACGUUGCAAAGGAUGAGCUCCAAGAGCCAUCCAAACGCAAGCGUGCAGCCUAG